CCCAAACAAACACGGAUUUAGCUCACUUGCUCUACACCAGUCGCUGUCCUAUCAUCCUUACUCCCUAGCUUCCCCUUCAUUAAAAAAAAAAAUCCUCCCUAUAUCAACAGCUAGAUUUAAAGGAAAGACAAUAGUAAAUAAGCCCCAAAAUGGUUCGAGCUGUUUUCUACGACGACAAGGGGCUGAAGAAAGGCGCGUGGAGCAAAGAAGAGGACGAGAAGUUGCGGGACUACAUCCUCCGAUACGGCCACUGGAACUGGCGCCAGCUCCCAAAGUUCGCCGGCUUGUCUAGGUGCGGAAAGAGCUGCAGGCUUCGCUGGAUGAACUACCUUCGCCCUGACCUGAAGCACGGCAAUUUCACCAAAGAAGAAGACGAUCUCAUCUUCCAACUCUACCAACAGCUCGGAACCAAAUGGUCAGCAAUAGCUUCCAAGAUGCCCGGAAGAACAGACAACGAGAUUAAAAACUACUGGCACGCGCAUCUCAAGAAGCGAGUAGGGUGGACAGCUGCUGCGGCGUCGGCGGCGCCGAAGAAUGAGAACAGAUCUUCGUCGUCUUCACUCGGCAGUCAAACCCGUGGAGAGAUAGAUGACAUGGACGCCGAAGGUGCCACUUCAUCUCCUGGGAACAUGAUGAUGACAAUCUCUCCUCCCAUACUCGAGAGCUCCCUAUUGUCGUCACCGGCUGCCUCCUCGUCCUGCGGCGCUGAAUCGCAGCCGGUGAAUGCCGCCGUCGAAAGUUGGGAAGAUGGGAUUUAUAGUUAUGAUUACCAAAAUUGUUAUGAGACGAUAAUUAGUGGUUGCGGUGGUGGGGAUUUCUGGAGCGAGCCAUUUGUGGUGGAUGAUGGUACAGUAUUAUACGGUGGCGGCGAGAGUUAUAACAGUGACCAGCCAUAUCUUUUUUCGUGGGUAGGAGGAGAUGAUGAUGACGACAUAUCGCUAAUGUACCGAGUGAUGCAAGAGCUUCCAGACACUACUACUACGCCGUGUCUCUUAUGAGAGCUUUAAUCAAGUACAGGUGUCCCGGACCCUUCUUUGGGAUAUAUAUGUUCUUUUAAGAGAGAACCUUUUCUUUAAUUGAUCUUCUUUGACCUACUUACAAAUCGUGCCGGGGGAUUAGCUUAAUUAAUGAUUAAACCCAAUAGAAUAUAAUUAUUAAAGUGUGAUAGCUAGCUGGAGACAUCAUCUAGAGUUAUCUCCAGAUACAUUUAAUAAAAUAUAACAAUUGUG